UCCUGCUCCCGGGCCGGGGAGAGCAGCCGGGGCCGCCCGCGUUGAGUGAUCAGGAUGGGGGAGUCCGGUGUGGACAGCGGCACGCCAGAUGUGGGGAGCGAGGAGGUGUCUCUCUUCAGCAUGGCGGACAUGGUCCUGUUCUCCCUCAUCGUGGGCCUGCUCACCUACUGGUUCCUCUUCAGGAAGAAGAAGGAGGAGGAGCCCGAGUUUACCAAAAUCCAGCCAGUGACCACAUCAGCCAAGGACAGCAGCUUUGUGGAGAAAAUGAAGAAGACGGGCAGGAACAUCAUCGUGUUCUAUGGAUCCCAGACGGGGACUGCCGAGGAGUUUGCCAACCGACUGUCCAAGGAUGCGCACCGCUAUGGGAUGCGGGGCAUGGCCGCCGAUCCUGAGGAGUACGACCUGGCCGACCUGAGCAGCCUAGCGGAGAUCGAGAAUGCCCUGGUCGUGUUCUGCAUGGCCACCUAUGGCGAGGGUGACCCCACCGACAACGCUCAGGACUUCUAUGACUGGCUCCAGGAGGCGGAUGCGGACCUGUCGGGGGUCAAGUACGCGGUGUUUGGCCUGGGGAACAAGACAUACGAGCACUUCAACGCCAUGGGCAAGUACGUGGACAAGCGAUUGGAGCAGCUCGGCGCCCAGCGCAUCUUCGAGUUGGGCAUGGGUGACGACGAUGGCAACCUGGAGGAGGACUUCAUCACAUGGAGAGAGCAGUUCUGGCCGGCUGUGUGCGAGCACUUUGGGGUGGAGGCCACGGGAGAGGAGGCCAGCAUCCGCCAGUACGAGCUGGUGGUCCAUGAGGACAUUGAUGUGGCCAAGGUGUACACAGGCGAGAUGGGCCGCCUGAAGAGCUACGAGAACCAGAAGCCUCCCUUCGAUGCCAAGAACCCAUUCCUGGCCGCAGUGACCACCAACCGGAAGUUGAACCAGGGCAAGGAGCGCCAUCUCAUGCACCUGGAACUGGACAUCUCAGACUCCAAGAUCAGGUAUGAAUCUGGGGACCACGUGGCCGUAUACCCGGCCAACGACUCUACCCUGGUCCAGCAGCUUGGUGAGAUCUUGGGUGCUGACCUGGACGUUACCAUGUCCCUGAACAACCUGGACGAGGAGUCCAACAAGAAGCACCCAUUCCCCUGCCCCACCACCUACCGCACGGCUCUCACUUACUACCUGGACAUCACCAACCCGCCGCGCACCAACGUGCUAUAUGAACUGGCACAAUACGCAACCGCGCCGCAUGAGCAGGAGCAGCUGCGCAAGAUGGCUUCAUCUUCGGGCGAGGGCAAGGAGCUGUACCUGAGCUGGGUAGUAGAGUCCCGGCGCCACAUCCUGGCCAUCCUGCAGGACUAUCCAUCCCUGCGGCCACCUAUCGACCACCUGUGUGAGCUGCUGCCUCGCUUGCAAGCACGCUACUACUCCAUCGCUUCCUCCUCCAAGGUCCACCCCAACUCCGUGCACAUCUGCGCCGUGGCCGUGGAAUAUGAGACCAAGGCUGGCCGUGUGAACAAGGGCGUGGCCACCAGCUGGCUUCGGACCAAAGAGCCCGCAGGCGAUAAUGGGCGUAGAGCGCUAGUGCCCAUGUUUGUGCGCAAGUCCCAGUUCCGGCUACCCUUCAAGGCCAUCACACCCGUUAUCAUGGUGGGCCCUGGCACCGGUGUGGCCCCCUUCAUGGGCUUCAUCCAGGAGCGGGCCUGGCUGAAACAGCAGGGCAAAGAAGUCGGGGAGACGCUGCUAUACUACGGCUGCCGCCGGUCAGAUGAGGACUACCUGUACCGAGAGGAGCUGGCCCAGUUCCACAAGGAUGGCAGCCUCACACAACUCAACGUGGCCUUCUCCCGGGAGCAGCCCGAGAAGGUCUAUGUCCAACAUCUGCUCAAGAGGGACAAGGAGCACCUGUGGAAGCUGAUCAACGAAGAUGGCGCCCACAUUUAUGUGUGCGGGGAUGCCCGGAACAUGGCCAAGGAUGUGCAGAGUACCUUCCAUGACAUGGUGGCCGAGCUGGGUGCGAUGGACCAUGCACAGGCUGUGGACUACAUCAAGAAGCUGAUGACCAAGGGCCGCUACUCCCUGGACGUGUGGAGCUAGGCACGCCCUGCCUCGGCCCACAGACGUGUUUGCCCGCCCGUGUAAUUGUUUUCUUUGCGCCUUCUGCCAGCUUCUGGGGACCCCUCCCUCGGACAGAGACUCUGCCAAGAGGUGCCCUGGGGGGUGCCGGGGCAGGAGACCUCAGUGAGUAGUUUCUCUUGGGGGCUACCUCACUUUGUGAUGUCCAGGCGGGCCCCUCUCUCCACUGAGUUGGGCAUGGCCCCUUCGAUGAUUUUCAAUGAGUGUAAAUAAUUUUAAAUAACCUUUGGCCCUUGGAAUAAACUUCUGUUUUCUGUA